UAUGCUGCAACGUCGAAAACGCUACCGAAAUCGUACUAUUCUAGGAUACAAGACAUUAGCAAGAGGAGAAGUGAAUCUUACACAAGUACUACAAAAAAGUCAAGACAGACAGUUAGAAUUAUAUAAUGCUAAUAAAGAAUCGUGCCGUAAUUCCGUUGGCUUUAUUGUCGUUCAAAAUUUGACUACACUGCCAGUGAAUGAGGAACAAAACGGUGGGGCUAGUCGCGCUAAGGAGCGAGUAUUUUUCUCCCAAAAUUCCGAAGCGGAACGUUCUCCUGAGGGGGAACUCUCCGAAGACGAUCUCGAAGAUGACUCCUACGAAGAAGACUUAACCGAAGACGAAGAUAGGUUGGAUAGAAUACCUAGAGUGCCUCGAAGGAGGAAGAUGCCAACAAGAUUCCGCCACAGUGACGACGCUCUAGAAAUUGAUCCGGACGAAGAGAACCAGAGAGAAUUGGAGGAAUUGAUUGACGAAUUGGAUGAUGAAUUGAGCGAUUCGCCAGCUGAACAAGAUAAUAUAUCAGUGGUAUCGACUCCUAAGCCAAAAUUGAAGCCAUUUUUUGCGUCAAAGACUUCAAAAGCGGAAGACUUUAGCGAUGAUAGCGGAAAGAAGAAUGAUUCGGAUGGAGGUCACUUGAUAAGAUUUACCCAUAGACUAAUUAGGAAUCCUAUAUCGCAACAAUAUUAA